AUGACGGCAUUUCCUGCUUUUCAUGAUUCUUAUCAUGAGGAAGCUGCACAAUAUGUAGCACUGCAUAAUAUUCAUGAAGAACAUUUUUUUCCAGAACUUGGUGAAUCUUCUGAUUUUGAUCAACUUUGUAAUGGAAUCGAUAAUAAUCUAACUAUCAAAUGUAGAGAAGUCAAAGAACUUUGCAUUAAACUAGUACGUCAUUUAGAUAAGUUAAUUCAAGCGACUGAUUCCUAUGGUAAUAAUUACUGUAAUUACAUACGUUAUUGUUUAUUUGAAGAAAUAAAUGAAAUUCAUACUGACAAAUGUGCAAAGAUUGCUGAUGCACAUAUGAUGAUUUCUGUUCCUAUUAUUUUGAUGAUAUAUAUUAGUUUUGCUUUUCAAAUUUUGUAUUUCUUGAUUUAUUCUUUCCUUCAUUUUUCGUCUCUCCCUUUUUUUGAGCAUUAA